AUGUCUUACAAGUCCUUAGUCAAGUCUCAAAUUAGCUUGUCAAGUUUGGGUUUGGUGAAAAAUAUUUUACUCAUAUUAAAUCAGAUCAAAGGAAAAGAAAGAAAAGAAAAGCUAAAAUCUAUGGCUGCUUUGCUAUGGUUAUUACUCCUAUCUGCAUUUCAUGCAGUAGCACUAGCACAACAAAGGCACUUCAAUAUAACUCUUGACUCUUCUCUAACACCUACUACCAACUCAUCAUGGUUUUCACCCACCAGGCGCUUUGCCUUUGGGUUUUAUGAACAAACCAAUGGCUAUGCUGUUGGAAUCUCCAUCAUCGGUAUGCCUAAGAAGACAGCAGUGUGGACAGCAAAUAGAAAUAAUCCUGCUGUCCCGAGCAGCGCUGUCUUCUUCUUAACUAGUGAUGGGCUCAUUGUGCAAGCAGGUAGGAAAGAAAUCUUUGUCACAAAUCCCUCUCAAGCCAUUGCUUCAGCUUCCAUGCUGGACACUGGCAACUUUGUGCUCUAUAAUUCUGAUCACAAUGUCAUAUGGCAAAGUUUUGACAAUCCAACAAACACCCUUUUACCUGGUCAGCAUCUGUCAGCUGGACAAGAGAUGUUCUCGAGUGCCUCGGAAGCAGACGAUUCAUUCGGAAUUUUCCGUCUCAAAAUGCAAAAUGAUGGGAACCUCGUUCAGUACCCUGUCCAUACACCAGAUGAUGUCCCAUAUGCUUACUUCGCAACAGAAACCAAUACAGCAGGGAAUAAUGUUACACUGAAUCUUGAUGAUGACGCCCACCUCUACUUGUUCAAUUCCACCAUCAGUCUAAAAAAUCUAACCAACGGAGGCUACCCUAGGGAAAGGACCAUCAUAUAUGUGAUGAAAAUUGAUGUUGAUGGUAUUCUUCGAGUUUAUUCACAUUCUCUGAACCAACAGAACAGCUCUGCAAUUUGGUCAUCAACAAAUGAUAGGUGUAUUCCAAAAGGCUUUUGUGGGCUUAAUAGUUUUUGUAUCAAUAUAGAUGAUCAAAUUAAAUGUGUGUCUCUCUCGGGAUUUGAUUUUGUAGUCCAAGGAAAUUGGAGCGCAGGCUGUGAAAGGAAUUUCACUGCAGAAACCUGUCAGUUAAAGGAGAAUACUUCCAAAUACUAUGCCAUGAGAACAGUUGACAACACAAAAUGGGAAGAUAUUUCUUAUGCUGUUUUGGUCACAACAACCAAAGAAGAUUGUGAACAAGCAUGCCUACAGGAUUGUAACUGUGAGGCUGCUCUGUUCCAAGAUACAGAGUGUAGAAAGCAAAGGCUCCCUCUGAGGUUUGGAAGGAGAGACAUGACUAACUCUAAUCUAGCACUGAUCAAGGUGGGCAUUAAUGUGGUUGCUGAAGAAGGGAUGCCUAACAAGAUUGAAGAAACAAAAGGCAAAAAGCUAAGGAUAAAAAUCCUAAUUGCCAGCAUUACAUUGGCUGCUUUUGCUUUAUUGGUGGUAGGCAUUUCCGGAUUCUUCGUUCACAGAAAUCAUGUCUGGACUUACAAGAAAAUCCAGGAUAGUAAAACUGUUCAGUUAUGUGAGAAUGUUGCUCCACGAGCAUUUUCCUAUGCAGAACUAGAGCAGGCAACCAGUGGUUUCAAAGAAGAGUUAGGGAGAGGAGCAUUUGGAACGGUAUUUAAAGGGAUAUUGGGAGAAGACCAGAAAGUGGUAGCUGUUAAGAGACUAGACAGAGAAUUGGUAGACGGGGAAGCAGAGUUCCAAACUGAAAUGAAAAUGAUUGGAAGGACACAUCAUCGAAAUCUAGUCCGCCUACUUGGUUACUCUCAAGAUGGAUCAAGAAGGCUUCUGGUGUACGAGUACAUGAGCAAUGGCUCAGUGGCGGACGUACUUUUUACACCAGAAAAACAGCCAACAUGGGAUGAAAGGUGUGGCAUCGCUCGAGACAUUGCAAGGGGCCUCCUGUAUUUGCAUGACGAGUGUGACACACAAAUCAUCCAUUGUGAUAUAAAGCCUCAGAACAUACUCAUGGAUGAUCAUUUCUGUGCUAAAAUAUCUGACUUUGGAAUGGCCAAGCUCUUAAAGAAAGACCAAACCAGAACCUACACAGGGGUAAGAGGGACCAGAGGCUAUGUUGCACCAGAAUGGCACCGAAAACUGCCAGUGACAGUGAAAGCAGAUGUUUACAGUUUUGGUGUCGUCCUAUUGGAAUUGAUCUGUCGGAGGAAGUGUGUAGAUUGGAGCCUUGAUGAAAAUGAAUCAAUUCUUGAACACUGGGUUUACAGUUGCUUUGAGGCAGGAGAGCUAGGAAAACUGGUCAGGGACGAAGAGGUUGACAGAAGACAAUUUGAGAGAAUGGUGAAAUUAAGCAUCUGGUGCAUUCAAGACGAACCAUCCCUUCGCCCUUCAAUGAAGAAAGUUUUACUGAUGCUGGAAGGGACAGUAGAAAUUCCAGUGCCUCCUAGUGCUGCUUCUUUUCAAAGUUCCAUAUAGUUUUAAAUUUCCUCUUCACUUUUUAGUUAUUGUACUUAUUUGAAAAAGAGGACAUUAAGUUCCAAGUAUCCCAAGUUUCCCUAUAGAGCGCAGAGUACUCUCAUCCAUACUUUUGCUAAAUAAAGAAUAAUUACAUCCAGUUUCUACAUCAUUCUCCUCCUCUUGUAGUCACCAGUUAACACAACUACAAGGAUUUAUCUUCUGCUGUAGUGAAUCUCAUGGCUUGUGUUUCCAUUUU